CAAACUUCAUAAUCCAUUGCCCAAAGCUGUGAUCGCACUUCGAAGGUUCUCUCCUCUCAACAAUGGAGCUUCCCUCCGCAUUCCACGAACGACUUCAACACAUGGAGAACACUAGAAACCAACUUCUAGAUCUGCUUCAAGCCGAGAAGGAGUUGCAUGCCAAGAAGUCGCAGGUUCUUGCUUCGAGGCUAGCAAAUAUCAGGUCCAUGGAACUGAGGUGCUUCCAGCUCGAUAGUAAAGUAGCACUGAGGAACUCCAAGAUUCUGGCUCUCGAGUCCGAAAUUGAGAACCUUGAAUCGAGAUUGGAAGCUGGAGCUCUUGAAAAGAGGUCUUUGCAUAGUGAAAUAGAGGAGCUUGAGGAGUUGGAGAAGAACAAGGAUAGCUUUUAUGAAACGAAGAGGAUAGAAAUGAAGGAAUUCAAGGACCAUACGGAGAGAUUUGUGGUGGAAUGCCGAACAGAACUUCAGAAUAAGAGACAGAGGGUAAAUGAGCUGAGGUCAUCUUUCCUGGAACUCAAGAGAAACAAUAGAAAUUCAUGUGAUUCAGAGAUAUCUGCUGCUGAAAUGAGAAAGUCAGAACUUGUAGCUGCAAAGGAAAAUUUGGAUAGAAGGCUGACUUCGAAUUACCAAAUUAAAGCACAGCUCCAGAAGCAGCUUCAAAACAUUCUGAUGACGCAUGCUCAAGCGAGAUGUUAGCUUGAGUGAGAAGCAAGCCAUCUCAGUCUGCUGGUGGUCGGAUGGCAAGUCAAGAAACAAAAUUUUGGUCAAUGCUUGGGGUCACUGUUUCUUUGAAACAUAUCUUUCUUUAAUAACAAAUAGAUAUUAUUAUGGCCUGACCAUUCCAUAAAUUGACAUUAAAAACCAUUUUUUUCACAGGACUGAAUUUGUUUGUACUUUUCAAAGUCAUUACCAAUACCUUUCAGAGUUACCAACUAUACACCCUUAACUCAUAAAGUCAAAGUAUUCCAUCCUUUA